CUCCGCGCUUGGUAAUAAUCGCGUUCCCCCUCUACGUCUGGGCCAACAGGCCCAGUAUUUGCAACCAACGCUAAGUUCGAUACCUGGUAUGUUGACGACAUGCGCCUCUCAUCGAUUCAAACAGCCCUAUUGACGCGAGUUACGUUCCAGGCACACCCAACCUUCCGAUGUCCUUGAGCAGGAGUCCCUCUCCUGUCCCCGGAGGAGGAUGGUCUUCUCCGGGCCUAAAUAUCAACACCAGUGGCCGAUCCAGCCCGGCGAAGGCAUCAUUCUCGGGGCCCAACGGCGGUGGCGUAACGUGGGAGUCUGCGAGGCUUAAGACCCAAGGUGUUACCAGUUAUCCAUCCUUCUCAACACACAACCAGGGCUUCUUCACCCGACAUAUGCGACGCAUCUCGAGUAGCCUACCAUCCUUUAACACGGCAACGGAUGACAGAUAUGCAGAGAAAGAGAAGCUUGGACGGGGCAGGUGGAAGGUUCCCCUCCUUGGUAGGAUAAAAGCCACGAUUACACGAAUGAGUAGGAAAUGGAAGAUACGUGCGGCUAUAGCGUUACUCCUGCUCGCGUGCUAUAUACUAUUCUAUAUCACUCCCCUGUGGUACUACUGGAGAAGAACAGGCUGGUUAGGAGGCGGGGAGAAGUUUGUCAUCAUACUUGCCGCAAAUGUUGGCGGUGGCGUGAUGGAAUGGAAAGGAGCGCGGGAGUGGGCUAUCGAAAGGGAUAGUGUGAGGAACAAACGAAAGUACGUCGCGAGAUGGGGUUACGACCUCGAAAUUGUCGACAUGAGCACCAAAAAACGGUACGCGCAUGAAUGGCGAGAAAGUUGGGAGAAGGUGGACAGUAUCAGGAACAGUUUUAGGAAAUAUCCAAAAGCCGAAUGGAUUUGGUGGUUGGACCUGAAUACGUUCGUCAUGGAGCCCUCCUAUUCGCUUCAGCAUCACAUUUUCAACAAUCUGGAAAAGCACAUCUAUCGGGACAUAAACGAGUUUAAUCCUCUCAAUAUCUCCCAUCCCCUUCAAGCCAACUAUCUGGAUCCGGAGUCAUUAAGCCCAGUAGGAGACGGAAGCGUUGACUCUGUAAACCUCAUACUCUCUCAGGACUGUUCGGGAUUUAAUCUAGGCUCCUUCUUCAUCAGACGAAGCGAGUGGACCGACCGUUUACUGGAUAUAUGGUGGGACCCGGUAGCAUACGAGCAAAAGCACAUGGAGUGGGAACAUAAAGAACAGGACGCGUUGGAGCAAUUAUACACAAAUCAACCUUGGAUUCGAACUCAUACAGCCUUCCUUCCACAGCGAAAGAUCAACAGCUUCCCGACUGGCGCGUGCUCCGACAACGGAAACGACUCCCGCAUCCAUUAUAAGCAGGAAGAUCGAGAUUUUGUUGUUAACAUGGCAGGCUGUGAAUGGGGUCGCGACUGCUGGGGAGAAAUGUAUAACUUCCGCGAGCUCAGCUACUAUCUAAACCGCAAUCCUUGGGAGAGGUUUAAAGAAGACCUCGUUGCUGUAAUUUGGGAGAAAAUAACGGGCCAGAAAGUCAAGUUAUAGGAUAACUACCUUCUGGACCCGGUAUUGCCCUGAUUCCAACGUGGUUCCUGGUUUGGACCGCUGGAUCGCGUAAUUUUAUAAUUCUCUUCCUUUGAAUAUUAUAUUAUUUGUCCCCCGCCUACGACAUAUUAACGCCUCCCUAUUCGUGGCGCAAGUCAAUGGCUUUGCUUGUUGCGCAAUAUACCCAUCUUGCGUUGCAACUGGAAGGGCAUGCUUAAGUCUUCGGGGUUUACCUAGUUGGCUGUCAUGUCUAUCCUCAACUUCUUUU